AUGAGCUCCGAGGCGAGACUCUACACGUUCUCGCAAGAGACAAAGGACCAUCUGCGCAAGUUCCGACUCGGAACUUCGCGUGCGAAUGAUCCCCAAGCUGUGAUUUACUACAUCGAUAAAUCGACACACGAGAUCCGCCAAGACCAAGACAAGGUCGUCUACAAGUCCCUCGAAGAAAUCGCCGAUGAUCUCCCUGACCACGCCCCACGAUUCGUGCUACUGAGCUACCCCCUGACCCUGCCUUCCGGCCGCCUCUCGGUUCCCUACGUCCUGCUGUACUAUCUGCCCAUUACGUGCAAUGCCGAGCUGAGAAUGCUGUACGCCGGGGCGAAGGAGCUGAUGCGCAAUACGAGCGAAGCUGGCCGUGUGAUCGAUAUCGAGAGUAUCGAAGACUUGGAUGAAAUACCGAAAAAAUUGGCCGUGGAGUAA